UUCCCCUGUGUGCUCACUUUCUUGGUCUCCCGAUUUCCGAAGAUGCGAUCGCUAUGAAACUUUAUGUGUUUCUCCAUUUUCUCGCGUUUGCUGGAGAAUUGGCCCUUGGAUCUAAGUGCCCACCAGACCAAUUCUGGGAUGGCAGUAUAUUUAGGUGUCAGGAUUGCACCAAAUGCAGUGAGGGUGAAAAACUGAUCUCUCCUUGCCAAGAGGUUAAAGAUGCUUCUUGUGAGAAGUGUUCAGAGGGGACUUAUUUGGAUGCUGUAAACAAAUCAUUGUGUGUACAGUGCAGUUAUUGUGGAGAAGGAGAAGUGGUAUUAAGUAAGUGUACAUCUGGGAAUGACACUCAGUGUGGAAAGAUUCCUGUUCGCCCUCUUCCUUCAAAAAGGCCUCAGGCAUCCACUCAACAACCAUCCAUCCCAACAAUGUCAAGUCAUUCACACAGAACAUUUACAUCUCGGAAAGUUGAUGAGGAAAGUAAGGUACCAGAAUGCAAAGAAAAUAGAAGCCAGCUAAAUCAUCCAGCUUUGUUGGUCACUUUAGGUCUGCUUCUUUUAAUAUCAUUGAUCUGCAAUUGUGUUUGGUUCAAAGAAAAGAUUGGAAAGUGGAGGGGUAAAGAUACACCAGUACCAGACAGAACUGUAGACAGAACAGCUCCAAAAGGGUUUGUAGCUGGGAUGUCAGGAACAGCUGUUAUUGAAGAGAAUAACAUUAAAUUCAGCACCAUACCAGCUAACAUCACCGAAGAAUUAGCACAGUACCUCAACAUAGACAGUGGCAACAACUAUGUUUAUUUGGCUGGAAGUAUGGGCUAUGACACUACCUUCACAGGUAAUCUGAAGCUGUCACCGAGAGAAGCCACCCAAGAGCUUCUUAAAGAUUGGCAAAUGCGAGAUGAUGCUACAGUUUACAAAUUAUACUGUUAUUUGGAGGAGUUAGGAAGGGAUGACUGCAUGGCUGUCCUUCAGCCUCUCCUCAUCGGCCAGGGAAGCGACAUCGCUAUGGUUUGA